AGAUAAGUUUCUUUGAGUUGCAUUCUGAAUGGGGAGAGGUUGUAGAACUUCCUAUGUAUACAAGUAAUAAAAAGUGAUGUAAUUAAAUUAAUAGAAAUGGAUUGAUAAUUAAAUCAUCGGUAUAACAAUCAUGAUACAUAUUGAAAGUUGUGAGUUACGACAAUAGUAUUUAUAAAAACGUGCCAUACUAUAUAUAUAUAUAUAUAUGUAUGUAUAUAUAUAUAUAUAUACAUAUAUAAGAUCCACCUUAUUUGUUGCCCGUUUAAAAUAAUAGGGAAUAAUUAUUUACAAGAAUAUUAUUUAAGAAUAUCAGACGGAAUAGGGACGCGAUGUCGCUCAGUGCUAGUGCCGAAAAUUUAUCAUCGGAAGGACAAAACAAUGAAAGGUGGAAUAUGUGCCUUGAGUUGGCACUCGAAGGAGAACGUCUCUGUAAGGCAGGAGACUGCAAAUCAGGUGUUGCAUUUUUUCAAGCUGCUAUUCAAGCAGGAACGGAUGACCUAAGAAUAUUGAGUGCAAUUUAUAGCCAGUUAGGCAAUGCGUACUUUUAUCUUGGAGAUUAUGUAAAAGCAAUGCAAUAUCAUAAAUUGGACCUAACACUUGCAAGAAAUAUGGGAGAUAAAUUAGGAGAGGCAAAGUCAAGCGGUAAUUUAGGAAAUACAUUAAAAGUCAUGGGAAAAUUUGAUGAAGCUAUGUUAUGUUGUAAAAGACAUUUAGAGAUAUCAAGGGAAAUUGGCGAUAAGCUUAGCGAAGGAAGAGCUUUAUAUAAUUUGGGAAAUGUAUAUCAUGCAAAAGGAAAGCAAGCAGGAAGAGUAGGACAACAUGAUCCUGGAGAAUUUUCUGAAGAUAUCAGACAGUGUUUGCAGGAAGCUGUACGAUAUUAUGAGGAAAAUUUAGAACUUAUGAGAGAAUUGGAAGAUUCUGCUGCACAAGGCAGAGCUUGUGGCAAUCUAGGUAAUACUUUCUAUCUAUUGGGAGAUUUUCAGCAGGCAAUAUAUUAUCACAAUGAACGAUUAAAAAUUGCUAAGGAAUUUGGUGACAAAGCAGCAGAAAGAAGGGCAAACAGUAACUUAGGAAAUUCUCACAUAUUCCUUGGUGAAUUUGAAAAGGCUGCUCAGCAUUAUAAGAGAACUUUGGUUCUUGCACAAGAGUUAGGUGAUAGGGAAGUAGAAGCACAGGCUUGCUAUUCCCUAGGUAAUACGUAUACGCUUCUUCGUGAUUAUCCAGCUGCUAUAGAAUAUCAUUUAUGGCACCUUGGAAUUGCUCAACAAUUAAAGGAUCGUGUAGGCGAAGGACGUGCAUGUUGGUCAUUAGGCAAUGCUUAUGCUGCUAUGGGCAAUCAUGAAAAAGCACUUCAUUAUGCUAAUUUACAUUUGAGUAUAUCGAAAGAAUUAGAGGAUCCGAUGGGUCAGGCUACUGCACAAAUGAAUGUUGAUGAUCUACAAAAAAUUUUGGGCUUAGGAAAAGGACAAGAACAUAAUAAAGAAAAUCAAAUGCAUAAACUUACUAUAAAUGCAGCAUCAAAUUACAAUAAUUCUUCUCCUGGCAGAUAUAGACUUCGUCGUCAGAGCAUGGAUAAUUUAGAUCUCAUUAAGCUUACGCCUGAUGGAAAACAAAAGGAGCCAAUAGAACCAUUGCCAGAUGUUGCCAGUAGUGCUACUGCACAAUUAAUGCAAAAAGAAGAAGAUAAUUUCUUUGAUCUUUUAUCUCGUUUUCAAUCUGGUAGGAUGGACGAUCAACGUUGCGCUCUUCAUGUAAAUCGUAACGCAAAAGUUAGAAGUAUUUCCCCUGAAAAUGACAAAGACGGAGAAGAUUUGAUGGAAUUAAUUGCUGGAAUGCAAAGUAAAAGAAUGGACGAACAACGUGUUACUUUACCCUUUUUGCCAGGUUUAAAUACUAAUGGAAACGAUCAAGCUAAAUCAUCUGCUCAAGCACAUGCUGAUGCUGAUGAUUCGUUUAUUGAAAUGCUUGUAAGAUGUCAGAAGAUCAACGUAGUCCAUUACCAGCUGCUUCUUCGUUACAAGAUGCAGAAGAAGAGAGAAAUCCAAGAUCUAAUGGAAAUACUCAUUCUGGUUCUACAGUACCAGAAGAAGAUUUAUUUGCUUUGAUCCAAAGACUUCAAGCUGGACGCAUGGAAGAUCAACGUGCAUCCGGACCUGGAAAAAUAUGUUAAAAGCAUACGGAAAUUUUGUAAUAAUAGGAAUUGACGAUUUUAAGGAGUAAUGCCGAGUUAUGAUACUAUAAUCUCUCCUAACUUCAUUCAAAGUUUUUGCUAUACAAGAGAAAUUAGAUCUCUAAUAUAUAUGGAGGUUUAUUUUGAUUUAUAUAUUAUAUUCAAUAUUUUUUUAGUCCUUUCUUUUUUUUUUUUUUCUUUUUUUUUCUCUCUCUCCAUACAAAUUGUUUCUCAGAUCUUGUUUGAUUUGAAAAUGACGAGAUUUAAUACACCGUCCACUGAUACCAGGCCCUUUAUUCAUCGUAUCAAUUUUAUCAUAUAUAAAUAUGCAAUAAUUUUACUUACAUUUAUAUACAUAUUAUGUUUUAUCAUUCCUUAUACGCCAGAGAGCUUAGCAUAUAUGGUGCCAAAUUUAAUACAACAACAAAUUUGAAUUAUUUCUAGGAAUAAUUUGGAGUUGUUUACAUAAUAUCAAAUGCAUAUAUAUAUAUAUAUAUAUAUAUCUUGCAUAUUCUUAAAUCUAGCAAUCUAACACAAUUAAUUAUAUUAGAAACUAGGAAUCAUGUGUUAAGGUAUUGCUUUUAAAAAAUGCCUAAAAUUUCUCAAGCACUGCCAAUACUGGAGCACAGAUGAUUAGUUGAGCAAACAAUACAUUUAGAAAACUGUAUCUAUGCCAAAGGAUGUUGAAUCUUUUGAGUAUGAGAUAGAUAUACUUAAAGUAUUUAAAUAAUAUACAUAAAUAGAGUCUUGAAUAGUUGGACUCGUGAAUUUUUUUUUUUUACACGUUCACCUCGAACUCGAAUGCUUAAGAAUAUUUUAUUUCUUUAAAAGAAAUAAUUCGUAAUUUUAUUCGAAUUAUAAGAAAUAUCGUUAAUAAAAUUUGUGCCAAAAUAAUGUGAAAAAAAUAAGAUAAAGUAAAUGGAAUAACAAUUAAGGCACCAUCAUUAAAAUAAGCUCGUAAAAGAUUUGUCGAUACAUUGCAAAACAAAACAAAACAAAAAUCAUUUGUUUUCAAAUUUAUCGAAAUGAAUUGGAUUUUUGUAAUUGACCAGAAUUGAUAAAAUAUUGAAAAUCAUUGUACAUUUCGACCUAAUGCAUUUUUCAAAUUAUUUUGCCUUGCUGCUAUAGAGCAAGCUGGUUCUUGCUAUUAAAGUAUAAUAGAAAUGCAUUUUUUGGUAAAAAAAAAAAAAAAAAAAAAAAAAAUAAAAAAAAAAAGGGAAAUUAAUUUUA